CGGCGGCGCAGGGACGUUGCGUCCAGGCUCAGGCGGCGGCCGCCCCCCCGCCCCCAGCUGCGGGCAGGACGCCUGCGCCGGGCCGGGGGCGGGCCUGGCCGGGGGCUUUGGAGCUGCACGCGGAGCAGGGCGCUACUGGCGGGCGGCGCACAAAGGCGAGAGGCAGCUGCCGCCGCCAUGGGGGAGCCGCUGCGCGCGCCGCCCGCCGUCUCGCCACCCGCCGCCGCCGCCGCCGGCCGCCCGCUGCUCAACGGGCUGCACCACGGCUGCCGCGCGCCCGCGCCACCGCUCGGCCACGGCCCCUGCGGGGAGGCGCCUCCUGCGCUGCUUCUGCGCCCCGACCUGGCGCUGCCCGGCCACGGCUCCCCGGCCAAGCGCUGCCGGCUGCGGCGGACGAGGGACUCGGGCAGGAGGCACAGGCCGCCAUUUCCAUGGUUUGGAAUGGAUAUCGGUGGAACAUUGGUUAAACUGGUCUACUUUGAACCAAAAGACAUUACAGCAGAAGAAGAACAGGAAGAGGUGGAAAAUCUGAAAAGCAUUAGGAAGUACUUGACUUCCAAUACAGCCUAUGGUAAAACUGGCAUUCGUGAUGUCCAUCUUGAACUGAAAAAUUUGACUGUGUGUGGACGCAAAGGAAAUCUGCACUUCAUCCGUUUUCCCAGUUGUGCCAUGCACAGGUUCAUACAGAUGGGUAGUGAAAAGAACUUCUCCAGUUUGCACACCACACUUUGUGCCACGGGCGGUGGGGCUUACAAGUUUGAAGAGGACUUCAGAAUGAUCGCUGAUCUGCAGCUCCAUAAACUGGAUGAACUGGACUGCUUGAUCCAAGGCUUGCUUUAUGUUGAUUCUGUUGGUUUCAAUGGCCAGCCAGAAUGCUAUUAUUUUGAAAAUCCUGCGGAUCCUGAACAGUGUCAGAAAAAACCUUACUGCCUUGAUAAUCCAUAUCCCAUGUUGCUGGUUAACAUAGGCUCAGGGGUCAGCGUUCUAGCGGUGUAUUCUAAGGACAACUAUAAAAGAGUUACGGGGACCAGUCUUGGAGGUGGAACAUUCCUGGGCCUGUGUUGUUUGCUGACGGGUUGUGAGACCUUUGAAGAAGCACUAGAAAUGGCAGCUAAAGGAGACAGCACUAACGUUGACAAACUGGUGAAAGAUAUUUAUGGAGGGGAUUAUGAACGAUUUGGCCUUCAAGGAUCUGCUGUGGCUUCAAGCUUUGGCCAUAUGAUGAGUAAAGAAAAGAGAGAUACCACCAGCAAGGAAGACUUGGCCAGAGCUACUUUGGUCACUAUCACCAAUAACAUAGGCUCUAUUGCUCGAAUGUGUGCACUGAAUGAGAACAUUGACAGGGUGGUUUUUGUUGGAAACUUUCUCAGAAUCAAUAUGAUUGCUAUGAAGGUGCUAGCAUAUGCCAUGGAUUAUUGGUCCAAGGGACAGCUGAAGGCUCUGUUUUUGGAACAUGAGGUAUUCAUUGCAUUCCUUGGUUACUUUGGAGCUGUUGGAGCCCUUUUAGAAUUGCUUAAAAUGACAGAUGAUCAGUGACAAGCCACCUGGACACAGAUACCUAUCAAAGAUGCUGCUGGAUAGAAUGAAGCCACUACAAGGAUGGAAACAAAGCCAUUAUGGCAGUUCUACCUGCUGGAUUUGUAAAUAAUUUAGAAUCCUUUUAGCUGAUCAUUAACUUUGGGUUUUGAGUUUAUACUGCAAAAUUCAUACUGGGAAUAAAGAGGUUUUUCUGUAUACUGUAUUUUUUAGGGAAAAAUGUGCACCGUGGCCAAACAUACAGAUUUUAUGGAUUAUUUUAAAAAAGUGAAUAUUGUUUAAAGAACGACUUAUAAUGAAAGAUGCCUGCUUUUCUUCUGGGGUUUACUUAUUAGUGUGGUAAUUUUAACUUCAUUUAAUAAUCACUCUAGGAGAUUUUUAUCUUAUUUUUCAUGACGUUUCAUGAUUUGUUCUUGGUUUCAAAUGAAACCACAAAGCUAGCACACUUUACUGUUAACACUAAUGUUGUUGAUUUUUUUUUUUUAAUCUUUUUUUUUUUUUUAGUCAGUUAGGACACUGUCCUCUCGUCACUUCCCCAAAAACAUGAUAACCUUUCUUAGACCUGUUUCUGUUGAAAACAGGUGCUAGUAAACCUGCAGGGGAAGGAAUAAGGUCCAAAGUUUCUUAAAGUCUCUGCAGCUUUUUGAAAUCACAAAUCACGCUGCUAUCUGCUUAUUGCAGUAAAAAAAAACAAAACACGUGUUUUGGGCUCUCUUCACUGAAGAUUUUUAAAAAUUUAAAUUGAAAUUUUUAAUUUGCGUCCUGAAACUAAAGUGAAAGUCUCUCAUGGUGAGAUUUUGCUCAUACGUGGAAGGGUAUGCUGUAGGGUAUGAAUAUUUAUAGAUUUGCAGAUGCUUGGAGUAAGAAAAUAAUGGGAGACAGUUUUCAGUAUCUCUUCCUAUGUAGUUGUCUUGGAGUUUUGAGCAAAAGGCAACUAUUCCCUCCAGGAUUUUUAAGGUCUGAGUAUUUAUUCAUUAUAGUUCUUUGUCUUGCAAGCCUGUAUUUGAAAACAGACUUUUUGAUGUUUUUCUUGUUUUGAGGGGUAUUUUUUGUUUUUUUUCCUUCCUUUUUUAAAAUUUAUUUCCAUAUCUCAAACCUUGAAAAAGUUUAUACCGACUAAAAUGUUAACUUGUCUGGUGGAAAUAAAGCCCAUUACUAAUGUGAUGAUUAUAUUAGGUCUGUGAAAUUUAUUCUUUAAACCUAGCUAUGUGGAAUAAAUAGCAGAAUGUUUUAGUGCCUUCCUGUUACUCUUAUGAUCGCUUUUUGGUACUGUGCUUUUUUUCACCUUUGCAUUUUGGUUUUUGCUACCUUGAUUCAUUCACUUAUUUCAGCCUUUAUUAAAUUGCUUCUUUUAUGACGGGA